AUGGGGGACAUCGGGGUCAGGAGGGGCGCCCAGCGGCGGUGCAAGGCCCAGCCUGUCCGGGCUGGGAAGUAUGAACUGAGACCCGAAGGCCCCACCAGCAUGGGCGGUCUUACCUACCCAGAAGAUCUCCAAGAUGCUAACGAGAACACAGCGUUCACCUGGGAUGUAAAGGCCAACAGCCGCUCCUACCACUGGCAGUUCAAGGAGAAGGUGUUUCUGUGCUGGCACAGGCAGAAGUACAAGACCAACAUCAUCCACACGGCCAAGUACAACUUCUUCUCCUUCCUGCCACGGAACCUGUACGAGCAGUUCCACCGCGUGUCCAACCUGUACUUCCUUCUCAUCAUCAUCCUGCAGGGCAUCCCCGAGAUCUCCACGCUGCCCUGGUUCACUCUCUUCGCCCCCCUGGUCUGCCUCAUCAUCAUCCGAGCCACCCGCGACCUGGUGGACGACAUUGGCCGGCACAGGAGCGACAGAGCCAUCAACAACAGGCCCUGCCAGGUCCUCGUGGGGAAGAGCUUCAUUUGGCAAAAAUGGAAGAAUCUGUGCGUGGGAGACGUGGUCUGUCUCAGCAAGGACAGCAUAGUCCCGGCCGACUUGCUCUUGCUGGCCAGCACUGAGCCCAGCAGCCUGUGCUACGUGGAGACAGCAGACAUCGACGGGGAGACCAACUUGAAGUUCAGACAGGCCCUGAUGGUCACCCACCACGAGCUGACCAACACAAGGAAGAUGGCAUCCUUCCGAGGCCGGGUGAUGUGUGAGGAGCCGAACAGCAGAAUGCACCAAUUCGUGGGGCGCUUGGAGUGGAGUGGCAAGAUGUACCCCCUGGACAUUGGCAACCUCCUCCUCCGCGGCUGCAAGAUCCGCAACACGGACACCUGCUAUGGAAUGGUCAUCUAUGCCGGCUUUGACACAAAGAUCAUGAAGAACUGUGGCAAGAUCCACUUGAAGAGAACCAAGCUAGACCUGCUGAUGAACAAGCUGGUGGUCCUGGUGAGUUGCCAAGAGUUCAAAGACAGGCAGCACUACCUCUGGAUCCCGUACCGGGGCGGCAUGGCCAUGGAGUCCUUCUUCAUCUUCUGGGGCUACCUCAUCCUGCUGAGCGUCAUGGUCCCGAUGACUAUGUUCAUCAUGGCGGAGUUCAUCUACCUGGGGAACAGCAUCUUCAUCAACUGGGACAAGGAGAUGUACUACACGCCGCAGGAUGUGCCUGCCAAGGCGCGCAACACCAGCCUCAACGACCAGCUGGGCCAGGUGGAGUACAUCUUCUCGGACAAGACGGGCACGCUCACGCAAAACAUCCUGACCUUCAAGAAGUGCUGCAUCGACGGCCACGUCUACGGUCCGGAUUCAGAGAGCAGGACUCCCAAGGGGAACCCCUAUCUAUGGAACAGGUUUGCCGACGGGAAGCUGCGUUUCCACAAUGAGAAACUGCUGCGCAUGGUGCGAGCCGAGAGGGACAAGGUGGUGCAAGAGUUCUGGCGCACGCUCGCCAUCUGCCACACCGUCAUGGUCCAGGAGAAAGACAGUGAGCGGCCAGACCGGCUGGUGUACCAGGCGGCUUCCCCGGAUGAGGAGGCGCUGGUCACGGCGGCCUGGAACUUUGGCUACGUGUUCCUGUCGCGCACCCAGGACACCAUCACGCUCGUGGAGCUGGGGGAGGAGCGGGUCUACCAGGUCCUGGCCAUGAUGGACUUCAACAGCACCCGCAAGCGGAUGUCGGUGCUGGUCCGAAACCCGGAGGGCACCAUCUGCCUCUACACCAAGGGUGCCGACACGGUCAUCUUGGAGCGCUUACACAGGAAACACAUCACGAAGCUGAACACAGAGGAGGCCUUGGCUCCCCUGUACGAAGGUUGGUUCCUGGCCCUGUUCAACCUCCUGUACACCUCCCUCCCGGUCCUCUACAUCGGGCUGUUUGAACAGGACGUGAGCGCCCAGCAGAGUCUGCAGAUGCCUGAGCUGUAUGUGGCGGGGCAGAAGGACAAGCUCUUCAACUACUGGGUCUUCCUCCAAGCCAUCGCCCACGGCACGGCCACCUCCCUGGUCAACUUCUUCAUGACCCUGUGGAUCAGCCGGGACACCGCGGGCCCCUGCAGCUUCAGUGACUACCAGUCCUUUGCGGUGGUUGUGGCCCUGUCGGGGCUGCUGUGCAUCACCAUGGAGGUCGUCCUGAUCAUCAAGUACUGGACCGUGCUGUGCGUGGUGGCCAUCCUCCUCAGCCUCAGCUUCUACGGGGUCACAGCUUACGUCACCCAGAGCUACUGGCUCUACAGGAUCUCCCCAAAGACCUUUCCAUUUCUGUACGCCAACCGCAACGUGCUGUCCUGCCCCUCCACCGCGUUGGUCAUCCUAUUGAACGUGUCCCUGAACACCCUGCCCAUCCUGGCCCUCCGGAUGAUCCACCAAGCCCUUGAGAAGCCAUGCCCCAAGGAGGAGGCGGAGGAAGAGGCCCCAGCUGAGGAAAUUUUCACCGUGGAGCCCAUACCCCAUUUACAUCGGGGAUCACGUGGCCGGUGUUCCAGCUAUGCCUUCUCCCACCGUGAGGGCUACGCAGACCUCAUCACUCAGGGCACAAUUCUGCGGAGGCCACAAGGGAUCAGCAGUCAGUUGGUAUCUGAUUCCCCAGUCCCAUCUGAAGAAGAGCUGCUCUCGAGCCCAAAUAGCUCAGGAUCUGCUGUCAACCAAGGAGGGGUCCCUUUCUCUUCUGAAGGAGUCAGCACUGCCCAGAGAACACCAGCUGUCCCUUCUGGAGAGUCAGCCACAACCUUUGGCAACCGAGCCGUUGCCUUUGGGCCAGCCGUUUUGGGGCAGCCAGACUGA